AUGAAUAAUUUUCAUAAUGUUAAUAAUAUAGGGAUGGUUGCCCAACAACAAAAUAUGCAAAAUCGUAUAAAAAUCGGUGUAAGGAAUUGGCAAAAUGCUACUAUGCAAGAUUUAUUAAAUUUUAUUAGUAGAAACGCAAGAGUUACUUUAACAAAUGCAUCAAUUGAAGGUCCAUUAAUUAUUGGUUAUGUACAAUCAAAAGAACAAGCUGAUCAAAUAUUAAAAUGGAAUGGGGCAAAUUUUGCUGGAAAUAAAUUAAAAUUUGAAUUAUUAGAAGGUCAAGCAAGUACUUCAAAUACUAUUGAAUUUUUAAGACAGUUUAUUAUUAAUCGUUAUGAUCCACAAAGUAAAAUGUUAAAUUUAGGUGGUUUAGCACAAGAUCCAAUAUUAAUACAAAAAGGAAUGUUCAAUAAUUUAUCAACCCAAUCAAGAAUGUUUCCAGCAAUGAUGAAAGUUGCAUCAAAGGAACCACAAUUAAUUGUUGAAAGUGUUAAUUUAGCAGAUAAUAAAUUAAAAGAUAUCAAUAUUGUUUCUUCAUUACCACAAACUUUCCCAAAUUUAAAAAAUUUAUGUUUAGCAAAUAAUCAAAUUAUGAGACUUAAUUCAUUAGAAUCAUGGAAAAAUAAAUUUAAAAAUUUAAGAGAAUUAUUAAUGACAAAUAAUCCAAUUACAUCAAAUAAUAGUUACCGUAGUGAAAUGUUGAGAGUAUUUCCAAAAUUAGCUAUCCUUGAUAAUGUAAUGGUUAGAGAUACAACUAAACUUAAUAAUAUUUUUAAUUUCCCAAUUAAAUUACAACAAUUUUAUUUUGAAAAUGAUCAAUUAGGACAAUCCUCAACAGAUUUCGUAACAAAUUUUUUAAAUUUUUGGGAUUCUGAUAGAUCUCAAUUAUUAAAUCUAUAUACUCCACAAUCACAAUUUUCUGUCUCUGCAAAUACAUCAGUACCAUCUUCAACUAUUAAAGAUGCAGAUCAAAAUGCUUCAUUUGGUUAUUAUUUAUCACAUUCUCGUAAUAUUGCAAAAAUGUCAAGUGAAAAAUCAAUUGAACAAAGGUUAGCUAUUGGUCAAGAACAAAUUAAUAAUCUUUUUAAAAGUUUACCAAAGACAAAACAUUUAUUAUUAAAUGAUCCAAACGGUUAUUCCAUGCAAACAAUAGCAUACCCUCAAGUAAAUGGUUAUAUGGUCAUCUUACAUGGUUAUUUUGAAGAAACUGAUAAACCGGAAAUAUUACCAAAUAAUAAGACAACCUCGAGAGGUAAAAGAUAUGGUUCUCAUACCCCAGCAAAUAAUAGACUUUGUAAAAAAUCCUUCGAUAGAAUUUGGGUCAUUGUACCUAUGAAUAAUACUUUUGUGGUUGCAUCUGAUGAAUUAACUGUAAGAUCAUACACUUCAAAUACUUGGUCACAACCAGCUCAACCUCCUGUUGCUCCUGUAGCCCCAGUUCCUGCCGCUACUUCGAUUGGAGUGCCUGUAACAACUCAAGCUACACCAAUGAAUAACGUAAAUCCAGGUUUAGUACCAGGUGGUGUUCCAGUACUAGCACCAACGUUACAACUUCCACCAGAUGUUCAAGCACGUUUAAACCCAGUUCAAUUGGAACUACUUAAUAAAUUGCAUUUACAAACGAAAUUAAACGCAGAAUACUCUUAUAUGCUAGCAGAACAAAGUGGAUGGAAUUAUGACAACGCUUUAAAAGCCUUCCAAGGUAGUGUUCAAAAUUUACCAAGAGAUGCAUUCAUUCAAUAG